UUUUUGGCAGGGGCUGCUGCUCCUCCUGGCUGGUUGUUUUGCCCCUGGAGUACACACACACACACGAGCACGUGGGCCGCGUGUCUGUGUCAGAUCCGGGGAGCCGGGUUGUUUCCCGGUGUUUUUAUUGGAGCCGGGAAGCGGCUGAUGAGCAGUCGGGCGGACGAGUCAGGCAGGUCUUUGGCCCGGGCUGGGAGAGGAGGAGGCUGUUUCCCUUGGGUGCCAGUGUCGAGUCCCUCUCGGUGUAUGUGUGGUAACAACAUGUCUGUCCCCCUCCUCGCCGACGCCGUGACCGUCUCAGGGGCAGAGCGGGAGACCGCCGCGGUCAUUUUCCUACAUGGCCUUGGAGACACGGGGCACAGCUGGGCCGACGCUCUCUCCUCCAUCCGCCUCCCCUACGUGAAAUACAUUUGCCCUCACGCGCCCCGGAUCCCAGUGACCCUCAACAUGAAGAUGGUCAUGCCCUCCUGGUUUGACCUCAUGGGAUUGACUCCGGACGCACCUGAGGAUGAAGCUGGGAUCAAGAAAGCUGCAGAAAACAUUAAAGCAAUUAUUGAGCAUGAGAUGAAGAACGGGAUCCCCGCCAACCGCAUCAUCCUGGGGGGCUUCUCACAGGGCGGUGCCUUGUCGCUGUACACGGCUCUCACCUGCCAGCACCAGCUGGCUGGAAUUGUGGCACUCAGCUGCUGGCUCCCUCUCCACAAGGCCUUCCCACAGGCGGCGAACAACGGCGUGAACAAGGACAUUGCCAUCCUGCAGUGCCACGGGGAGAUGGAUCCCAUGAUCCCCGUCCGCUUCGGGGCCCUCACUGCCGAGAAGCUGAAAUCUGUCGUCACCCCCACCAAGGUCCAGUUCAAAACCUACCCUGGCGUGAUGCACAGUUCCUGUCCUCAGGAGAUGAUGGCGGUGAAGGAGUUCAUCGAGAAGCUGCUGCCGCGGAUCUGAGCGGAGCCGCUCGGGACUGUCGCAGGGGAGGGUGCCGAGGUCACAGCCGCCCAUCUGCCCCCCGUGA